UCUCCAGUGCGGAGCAGCUGAUUUCCUCCGGAGCAGAGAAGCGGCGCUGCGGAGGUAAACACACCGAGCCCCGGAUCCCUGCGCGUCACCAGGCCGGACGCUGAGCACUGUUCACGGAUCGAGCUCAGGCCGAUGUCCCGGUGCACGAAGAAGAACCGAGCGGGGCCAAGCAGAUAGAGGAGAGAGAGGAGAGAGAGAGAGGAGAGAGAGAGAGAGUCCCGCUGCAGCUCGUUCCUCUGCGGGCGUGCUUGUGCUUUCCCACCGAUGGUUGUCAGUGUCUCACCGGGGCCUGAUCUGACAGUAGCAGGUCAGAUGUUUCCUCCCGGACAGCGGAGGAGCUCCUCAUGAACAUGGGCAUCACCCCUUCAGAGAAACCCUCCUGCUCCUCCUCCUCCUCCUGCUCCUGCUCCUGCUCCUCCUGCUGACUGCCUGGCCUCUCUCCGUUAAUCCAAUUCAGGAGAUCAUCUUCUCAACCCUCGCUGAGGUUACACCAUCAGGACGGAGUUAUCUCAGAAAGCCAGCUCGGUGGCGGUGAAGAUGACCACGGCACGGUACCGUCCCACCUGGGAGCUGGCCGUGGACCCCCUGGUGUCGUGUAAGCUGUGCCUUGGAGAGUUCCCUCUGGAGCAGAUGACCAUCAUCACACAGUGCCAAUGUGUCUUCUGUACACUGUGCCUGAAGCAGUAUGUGGAGCUCCUGAUUAAAGAAGGCCUUGAAACUGCAAUUAGCUGUCCAGACUCUGCCUGUCCCAAAAGAGGACACUUGCAGGAAAAUGAGAUUGAGUGCAUGGUGGCCACGGAGAUGAUGCAGAGAUACAAGAAGCUUCAGUUCGAGAGGGAGGUGCUGCUGGACCCGUGCCGGACGUGGUGCCCCUCCUCGACCUGCCAGGCCGUUUGCCAACUAAAGGAAUCGGACUCUCCAGCGCUGCCUCAGCUGGUCCAGUGCGCCGUCUGUGCACUCGAGUUCUGCUCAGCCUGCAAAGCCAACUGGCACCCGGGUCAGGCCUGCCAGGAGAGCAACCUGCCAAUUACCUCUUUCCUACCAGGAGAAAACAGCUCUUUCUAUAAGAACGAAGAGGACGACGCACCAAUCAAGCGCUGUCCUAAAUGUAAAGUUUACAUCGAGAGGGACGAGGGCUGCGCACAGAUGAUGUGCAAGAACUGCAAACACGCCUUCUGCUGGUACUGUCUGGAGUCACUGGACGACGACUUCCUCCUGAUCCACUAUGACAAAGGGCCCUGCCGGAACAAACUGGGCCACUCCAGGGCGUCUGUUAUCUGGCACAGAACACAGGUCGUGGGGAUCUUCGCCGGCUUCGGCCUCCUCCUGCUGGUCGCCUCCCCCUUCCUCCUGCUGGCCACUCCCAUCGUGCUCUGCUGCAAGUGCAAGUGCAGCAAAGGCGACGACGACCCUCUGCCGACCUAAGCACGCCACAAGAGCCGGAGUGGAGAGCCAUUCCAAGGAUGGGCCAUCUUUUUUCUUCUUUUUUUUUGCCUCCUUUUCACCACUUUACAUUAUUUUCCUCCCACCAAGCUUCGAGCGCUUCAUUUUUUGGGCUGAGCCUGCACCAGCCCUCGCUGGGGGGGGUGCUUCAGGAUCCAUCGCUCUGCAUGAAGAGAGGCGUGGUGGAAAAGCAGCGCUGCACCUUGGCCUGUAGAGACGAGCAGGGGUCAGAGGUCCGAGAAGGUGUGAGACGGUGGUGGGUUUUGGGGAUGUGAAGAAAGACUGAGCCGUUUCAAAAGGCCUCACUGGGGGUUACUGUGGGUGUGCUAUUUUUGUGGGUGAGUACAAAGGGGGGGAAGGGGAAAUCAUUGUUAUGAACAAAUGCUUUUCUCUUGUGUGGACAGUUUCAUGCAGGAGCAGAAAAAGACAUUCGCUCUGUUUUCGUCGGUUUGUCGUACGCAACAAAAAGCUUUUUUUAAAUCCACCGCCGCCGCCGCCGCCACUACACCCGAUGUAGCUCUGCAGAUUCAGUCAGUAGCAUCAGAGUUGCACCACGCAUGUUUGGUGUCCACUCGAUUUGCACAACGGAACAUGAUCCAUUCGUCAUGCUCGCGACUGAGGUGGAGACGGGAGACUGUGGUCCUUCGACUCAAUGUACAGCACGUCCUCUUGAUGAUGUCAAUGUUUUAUAACCUGUCGCUUUAAAUAGACCUGUGCUCAGAGUAGUGUCCGUGUUGUACUUUUUGAGUGUUUUACAAACUGUUAGGUACACGUGUUAAAGGGGAUUUCCACUCAUGCGCUUCUUUUCUCGGGCCAAGUGACGACAAGUUAGUUUUGUUGAAUAUCCGCUUACGCACAAAUGUUCUUUUACCGUGUCUCCUGAUUCAUUCUCCAGAUGUUGGAGGUCAUCUUUGUAAACUAGAGAUUACAUUUCCAGAUUUUCAUGAUCCCGAAUCCAGACAUUUUCCAAAACUGAGUGGGGAUCCCCUUUAACGUUUCUGCAUUAAGUUUUAUCAGAGGUCAGAUUUUGUAUCCACACGUUGUGGAACCAUUUUAAUAAGUCACUAAAAAGAGAUGUCACUCCUGUAAUUCUCAGUCUCCAGGUGGUAGAGUAGCCAAAUAGAAAUAAAUAGCCUUAAAUUAAGAAGAGCCAAAAUCUGGCAUUUCCCCCCUGUGCUUUAAGAAAAAAAAAGUCAAAAUCCAAAUAUUCCCAGGGAAAGCAUGUUUAAAGGCAUUUUUAAAGCAUACGAGACAGCGAAGCCCUUUAUAUCCAGAUGAUUCUAUGAUGUCACCCAUAUGCCACACUGUUUAUAGCCAUACUGUAAAAGACAAAAAAAAGGAAACCGUCACCUGAUGUGGUGUGUGUGUGUGUGUGUGUGUGUGACAAAAGGACCUGUGUUUCUUAAGUGAUCCACAUCCAUCCACCCAUUUGAUACUCCACGCCCGAUUCGACAUCCCUUUCUCUGCGACUUUACAAACACACGACCGGCCCAUGUUGCAAACUUGCAUACGUUAGUGGUCCCGAGUGUCGACGUUUCGUCCCCCCCCCCCAGCAGCUGUUCCUCACAGGGAUCGUCUGAAAAGCCUAAAUAUAUACGAAAAAAGAAUGUUCCACUUCUGGGCACGUGAUUAUGAAGCUGCUCUAUACUAUAUCACUUUAUCUAUGCAAGUUUGUACAUUACCAUUCUCGGAAAGGCUAUGGAUGGGUCACAAUCAGCCGUGAGUCAGUGGUAACGUUGUGUGGUGAGAGCUGCAGAAUGUCCCAGUGCACGUGUGUAUCAUGAUGUUUAUUUAAUCAGGGAAAUGCUUAUUUGGCCAUUUUGUAUUUUUGUUUGUUUAAGUUUAUUUUCAAGUUAUUUUCAAGUUUUGAAGAGAUUUUAUUUGUUUUGUUUUGCUGCUUUUACUUAUCUGCUUUUAUCCCUUCUAACGUAAUCCACCAGUGUCCAUGUAGCAUUUCAUGAGUGUGGCUACACUUACCAAAAAAAAAAUAGUCAAUAGUUAACAAUCGUAGCUAAUCAUUGACAACUCACUUCUGUUUUCAUAAGCUCAGUUCUGAUAUUCCACAUAUUAUUCCGUGUUGAUAGUAGCCUUAAAAUUGUUUGCGUACCAUAACCGUAGCCUGUUGCUUUCACCGACCUCACCUGUCGAUAUCAAAGCCAAACCUAAAUUUGUACCUUUAGUUCCUUGAAUGCUUAAAAAGUGAAAUUCCAGAUUUCCUUUUGUUGUUUUCAUGACAAUCGUGCCAAGCAGAUUUCCUGGACGGGGUAAAGGAAUGAGAAGUGUCUACUGUAUGUGCAUUUUGAUCGUGUAUUUGUAAACGUAUUAACAGUUUCUACAGAGUGGAGAAUAUUUUAAUGCUUUUUUUUCUGUAAGCGCUUCACUCUAUAUAUGGGUUUCAUUGUUUUUCUUUAUAUGUGUGUGUGAGUGUGUGUGUGUGAGUGCGUGUAUGUGUGUGGUGCCUGCUGUGAGUCAGAAAACUCAACACACAUGAGAGCGAGAGAGCAUCUGCACCUUUUUAAAAAUCUAUCAGGGCUCUGAUAUCACCAGGAUCAUUUCAAACACAAGUCAUUUAAACACAAGGAAAACAGCAUCGAAGUCUCGAGCGGGCACAAAGUAACAAAUUGUCAAACGAAACCACGGCCGCCUCCAUUUUCUUUCUACGCGACAUUCUACACUGUAUCGGCUGUAUUAUGCAACAAAACAGAAAAAGGGCCAAACGGGCGAACAUCAGUCACGUUGCAGAAUAACGUUUGAUGUAAAGAUUUAAAGUCACAUAGCAUCGGCUCUGUUGUAGAACGGGACGGUUCCACUGAGUUCCAGGUUUCUGUCAUUUGACCCGUGAAGGGGAUGCAAGUGUAUUUUACAAAAAGCUUCAGAUCUACUUUGCAGUUAUUCUAAGAUCAAGUUUGUUUAUGAGCAGCAAUUGAAUAUUUUAUAACCUGUUGUGUCAAGAGAUGGCGCUGCAUGAGUUUUCUCUGACUUCUACAUGUUGAAUAUUAAUAUAUUGUAGCCGCGAAAAAGAUCUUUGGAAAUGGUAGCGUGUUCACCCUCUUGACCAGAGUUUUAUUUUUUUUAAAUUGAACAAUGUCUGUUUCUUUCCUUUUUUGUUGUUGUUUUAUUUUUUAUAUAUAUAUAUGCCUCUUUUACAUCAUAGUGGUUGUAUUUGCAUUAUCCUUUUUUUUAAAGAGCUUCUUCAGUCUUGACUGGUCAAUUCACUUUCAAUCGCUCAUUUCAGUGGAUAAUAUGCUGUGUGUACGCAGGGCUCUUGUUUAUAGAGGUGGUAAACGAUGUCUCUCGUUCAGUCAGUGGAUGUGAAUUGAACCGGGUGAUGAACAACAUUGUAAAUUUGGCAUAUCUGAAUCAGCUCUGUACAAGUUUAGACUCGACAUCUCCGUAUAUCUACAGUUCCACUAACACUGUGACACCAGGUAUUAAAGGUUGUUGUUUUUGUGA